AAGUGCACAAGGGGGAAUGCACACACAGCAUAAUAAAAGUUGAGGGUCUGCGAGUGAAGCGGACAGAACGAAGACAGACACCUUUAAGAGCACAAGAUAAACGGGCAGGUCAGAUAAACAACAGGAGCCAGUCAAGAUGAUGAUGAUGAUGAAGAACCCCAUCACUCUGUUGACUUUUGUCUUGCUUUUCUCAACUGUCACUGUCCUGGCGCAAAGUGGCAACUUUUCUCCAAAAGAGUGCUGUUUUGACUUCUUCUCCACACGGCUGCGUAAGGACAAGGUGGUGAACUUCAAAAACACAGACACGCGCUGUGCAAAGGAGGGUGUGCUCUUUACAAUGAAGAAUGGAGCUAAAUUCUGUGUGGACCCGUCUGAGCAGUGGGUCAAGAACAUCAUCAAGGCCAAACUGAAACUCCAGACCGAAUGAGCCGACUUGUUAAAAACUCACUGAGCCGAGUGGAAGCGAUGGCGUAGUGGCGAUUCAUCUUCAUAGCUUUCUCUAUUUUUAUACAAAUUAUUUUUCUGUUAGUCUGAAGGUAAAUGCAAAAUAACUCCUGCUGCUUUUUUAUUUUCUAUUCUUUUGACUGUUUUAAUGUGAUGUAUCCAAAAAUUAUUUCCUGACACAAUGAUUAAAACUUUGCAUAUUGUUA